GUAGGUUGGCUCGAUGGUGAAGCUCCCCGAGGACGAGGAUACACCAGAGAAGCGGGUUCGCAAGAUCUUCCGGAUGAUGGACAAGGACGAGAACGGUAGCCUCGACAUGGAAGAGUUUAAAGAGGGGAGCAAGCGCGACGAGACGAUUGUCAGUGCGCUGUCGCUGUACGAUGGACUGGUAUAAUUGCUUUUAUCAGGUCCGUUCCUUUGCUUCAGGCUGGCGAUCUCAUGUCUUGUUAUUGGCGAAAUCGGCGCUCGUAUCUAUGUUCUUUUCAUUUCUUUUAUAUACUACAUUGCCCUUUUUCUUCGACAUCAUGUUCUCUAGGAUUCCCACUACCACUCCCGUUUCGCCACCCAGUCGUUUCAGCCUGAUUCUGAUUGGUGCAUACUACGCAUGGUCGGGGUGCCAAUUCUAUCUCAGAUGUAUGUAUGUAGUCUACGCCUUACCAGUACAAAUAGUUUUGCGUGAAGAACCAAAAUAAGAGACUUCUGAACCAAUGAGAACCUGGGGAAAUUA